AUGAAGCAAAUCUCUAAAGUUUCGUUGAAAACGAAGAUACAUGUAGAAUACAAGACGAAGGCUAUUCUUUCUUGUAGGAAACCAACGCAGCACUUAACCCCGAAGAAUAAAGCCAUCGCUCCUAAACAACCGAAAGACCAAUUAAGAGCUUCUCGCAAACCAUCGAGCAUUCUUCAAAGAAGAAUCGCGUUGCGAGCUUCGAAGAACCGCAAACGUAGAAGCAACGGGCGUUUGAAUAACUCUUCUAGUCGCACAGAAACGAAAAGUAUUUCAACCAAUAACACAAACUCCAAACAUAGAAAAAUAAACGACGACGAAACGACUUCGUCGAAAAAUCCUACAAAGAAAAAGUUAUCUCUAAAUUUCAACAAUUGUUCGAAUCAGUUACAAAAUAACGAGAAACAAAGUACACAACAAGAAGAUCUAUAUAAGAAACUCAACGACGGUACUUAUACCUGUGAUAUCUGCCAAACGACCUUCGAACAGAAGAGCAAGAUCCUCCGUCAUAUUACCAGCAAGCACAGCUUCCACCGACCCUUCAAAUGUUCAACUUGCGACAAAACCUUCAAGUACAAAUGCGACUUGAAAGCUCAUCGUCUAAUCCAUCAAGACGUCGACUCCAGUUUAUUACAUUGCUGCGACAAAUGUGAUUAUCGUACGAAGACGAAGAACAAUCUCAAGUCUCAUUACAUUAGAAGACACACGGACGAUUAUAAAUUCGCGUGUGAACACUGUGGGAAGCGUUUCAAAAUGGAGUGGGACUUGAAAUUCCACAUUGGAACUCACAGCAAUUCGCAGCACAUGUGUGACAUCUGUGGAAAAUUUUACACGAGCAACUAUUCUUUGUAUAAGCACAGGAAAGUAGCUCAUUUGAACGAAUAUAAGUUCCAAUGUAACGUUUGUAAUAAAAGGCUCUUGACACAGGAGAACUUAGACAAUCAUAUGCAACAACACAGUAGAACGUACGAGUGUAAAGACUGUGGAAAGGUAUUUGCAUCAAAAAGGUAUCUAGCGACUCAUAUAACUACACAUACAGGCGUAAAACCGUAUACUUGUCAUAUUUGCAAGAAAAACUUUAGAACGUCGCAUAUGAGAAAUACGCAUCUUUUAACGCAUUCUACGGAAAGGCCACAUAUCUGUGAUCUUUGUGGACAAUCCUUUAAGAGGAGAUAUUAUAUGAUAGAGCAUAGAAGGAAACAUCCUGACGCUCAUUUAUCUUCGCCUCCUGUGCCUCUUGGGAAAAAGAAAAGCGUUACCGACACUGUGACUGAACGUCAAGCAGAGAUUUCGCUGUAACAUAACAAUACAUAUAGUAUUUUAGAAAUCGUGAUUAGACUGCGUUUUUUAUGCAUUUAUGAGAAAAGACCAUUCGGAUUAGUUACGUUACUUGAAUUCAAGCAACUUGAGACCAAUUUGUCAAUAUGAGCUCGUUAUUUACUUUUUUCCUUUUAAAAAUUCUUUCCAAUUUCUACACUUAUUCUCAUUAGUCAACUCUCUUGAAUUCGUGUAACUGAAUUAAUCCGAAAGACACGAAAAUCCAGAGAUUACAUAUAAUAAAUAAAAAUAUAUAAAGCAUUUAAAAUACUAGUUUUAAUAUUUAACAAAAACGAAACAUAUCUCUGCUUGGAUCCAAUUUUUUCACUUGUAUCUAUAAAACUAUGAAUUUCUAUAAAUAUCCGUGGUCUACUGAUAAUACUUGUAAUGAUUUUAGCUAUACUUAUUUACACUUUCGUGCUUAUCUGUGAAUGCUUUGACAGCAUUUCUUUUUCGAAAAAUAUUUUGUGGCAUUUUAAUUUAUAUUAUGGAGCGUCUGUGUGAAUCGAUCUGAGAUCGAAGCGUAAAGCGCAGUAUGAAUGAAAAGAGAGAGAUUACGAUGAAGUAUAAUAGUAUAUAACAUCGUACUUUACGAUAUAUAAAAUAAUUAGCAUUAAGUACGUAAAACAAUGUAAAACAGCUUGUAUAUACAGGAUGAAGUUCAUAAAACGAGUGAGUAUUUUCUUGGAAAUACCAAAAGUUUGAUAAUAUUUUUAAUAUUUUUGAAAAUAUAUACUCAUCAUGACUUGAACACUUUAUCCUGUAAAUAUAUGUCAUUAUUUUCAUAUUUAUUUAUCUCCGUGUGUUUGACACAUUCCUCGCGUCUCUCUGCAAUUUUUUAAUUUUGUACGUUCGUCAUACGCGAGUUCGUACGUUUUAGAAUCGAAUACGAAGAUAUCAAUAAAAUCAAUGUAAUCGCCCAAAAAAACAGAAUAGUGCGGAAUAAAAAACAAAUCACUCCCAAUCUCGCAAACCUCAUAUACCAUACAUUUCUAUUCAGAUAAAAUCGCAUAGAAAUCUGUAAAGACGACUUAGAUCAGCAGUAAGUAAUGCUUAUGUACCAAAAUGGCAAAUAAAAUCCUUCGAAAGUAAUCAUUCCUUUUCAAUUGUGUUUUAG